AUGGCUUCUUCCAAUCGUCGAGCAUCACAUGACCUUGGAUCUACGAGAAGUACCAAUACAAUAAAUCGUCGUACUAGUUCCAUUGAUAAUGGUGUUAAUAAUAAUGUAAUAGGUAACUCUCGGCGUUUAUCAAUGGAUACUUCUGCUACAUGUCAUGUACAAGCAACAGUUAUUGCUCAAGGUCCAUCUGUAGCUUUUUUUGGUAGUUGUGUUAUUGAUGAUAUUUUCUAUAUUCAUGGUGGAGUUAAAACACGUGGUGAUCAUUCACCAUCAAAUCGAAUGUUUAAAUUUCAAAAUAAUACAUGGACAGAAAUAACAACAGAUGAUUCUCCUACACUUUCUUAUCAUCAAUGUAUUGUUAUGGGAAAUGGUCAAUAUAUUGUUACUAUUGGUGGAUGGGAUGGAUCAAAAAGAAAAUCUGAUGUCUAUGUAUUUGAUGUAGUUAAUACAAGAUGGCAUGAAACACAUGUACCUGGAUUUCCUAGUGGUGGUGGUCUUAAUAAUCAUGCUGUUAUUCCGUUAAAAUCACAUGAUACAGCUAUUCUUGUAAUUGGUAGAGAUGGUAGUUUAAGAACACAACGUAAACAUGGUGAUGCAUAUUGUUUACGUGGAGAUCCAGCAAAACGAAUUUUUCGGUAA